AUGGGUCAAUCACCGUCGCAAUUCAUGGAGGACAUGCAGAGGCGGUCCAACUUCAACGCAAACGAGUUGGAGCGGCUGAAGAAGCGCUUCAUGAAGCUGGACAGUGAUGGCUCUGGAUCAAUAGAUCGCGAGGAAUUCCUCCAAAUCCCUCAAAUCGCCAACAACCCACUCGCAUCACGACUAAUUGCCAUCUUCGAUGAAGAUGGAGGGGGAACGGUCGACUUCCAGGAGUUCGUCGGUGGUCUCAGCGCAUUCAGUAGCCGAGGAGGUCGAGAAGAGAAGCUGAGAUUUGCGUUCAAGGUCUAUGACAUGGAUCGAGAUGGUUUCAUCUCGAACGGCGAGUUGUUCCUCGUGCUGAAGAUGAUGGUCGGAAAUAACCUGAAGGACGGGCAACUACAACAAAUCGUCGACAAGACGAUAAUGGAGGCGGACAAGGACGGCGACGGCAAGCUCAGUUUCGAAGAGUUUGUCCAAAUGGUGUCGAAUACAGAUAUUGUAAAGCAAAUGACGCUAGAAGAUCUGUUCUAG